UUGACAUUUCAAAAUUCGGUUGUGGCUGGUGUUGCAAAUACCAGCUGUUAGUGAAUUGAUCGCGCUCCUUUUCCGUUUAAUUCCACCUUGAUACAUAAAGAAUCGUUGUGAUAUGGCAAGCGGUGACAUUAAAAUAUUUAACUUUUAAAUAACCAUAACAGUUCAUAAGAUAUUGUCCCCUUUGUGUUCAGAAGGUUUUGACGUGACACGAGUAAGCGUAAUCAUCAGGUGAUAGUCGGCGCAAGCGCCUUUCGAACCCGCCAACAUGGAAAAUAUACGAAAGCCGCUUCAUUCCCGUUCAAAGUGUCAAGAAGUUAGGUUAAAUCUUCUUCACCGGUCAUGCCGUCCGAAAAAUUAGAGAAAAGUUCUAAAAUUGUUAUGCAAAAAUUUAAAAUGGAAGCCGACAUACCGCAAAAUAAUUCCCAGCAGGAACUUGUGCGCGACUCCGAGGAGAUCUGCGAACAGAACGAGAAAACUUUGAAGGACGUUAAAUUUCGGGAGUGGGUCGCAGUUUUCGUACUGUGUUUCGUCAAUUUGAUCAACUAUAUGGAUAGAUUCACUAUUGCAGGGAUUCUGAUAGAGAUCAAGCACUAUUUCGACAUAAAGGACGACAAGGCCGGUCUGCUGCAGACGGCCUUCGUCAUAAGUUACAUGGGGUGCGCACCCCUAUUCGGGUACCUGGGGGACAGGUACAGCAGGAGGUGGAUCAUGGCGGCGGGGGUCUUCCUGUGGAGCAUAACCACCCUGUGUGGGUCGUUCAUGACGCAAUUUUGGUGGUUCAUACUGUUCAGAGCCCUUGUGGGUGUAGGAGAGGCCAGUUAUUCCACAAUAGCCCCCACAAUCAUCAGCGACUUGUUCGUGAGUGACGUCCGCUCAAAAAUGUUGGCCCUUUUCUAUUUUGCCAUUCCAGUAGGAAGCGGUAUGGGCUAUAUCGUCGGAUCUGAGACAGCCAAAGCCCUAGGCAAAUGGCAAUGGGCCCUCAGGGUCACACCGGCCUUAGGUUUAAUUGCAGUCGUUCUCAUCGUUUUCAUUUUGGAGGACCCGGAGAGGGGACAGAGCGAGGGCAGCGGUCACAUGGAGGCCACCCCCUGGACGGAGGAUAUCAAGGAUAUCGUUCACAAUCGAAGUUUCAUGUUUUCCACUGCUGGGUUCACCUGCGUUGCUUUCGUGGCUGGCGCCUUGGCCUGGUGGGGCCCGAACUUUAUAGAACUGGGCCUGAAACUUCAGGACAACGGUACCGUGGACUCUGAAAGCGUGGCUUACAAGUUCGGGAUCAUUUCGAUGAUAUCCGGGCUGAUCGGGGUGCCGGUUGGCAGCCUCCUGGCCCAGAAGCUGCGGCACCAGUACCACCGCAUCGACGCCCACAUCUGCGCUGUGGGACUGCUGGUGUCCAGCCCGCUGGUAUUUUUUGCUUGCCUAACGGCCAGAUACAGCGCCCCGUUGUGUUUCACCUUUGUGUUCUUUGCCGAGUUUUUCCUAAACCUCACCUGGUCGAUCGUUGCCGAUAUAUUGCUGUACGUAGUCUUGCCAACGAGACGCUCAACAGCUGAAGGCUUCCAAUUGUUAGUGUCUCACGCGUUAGGAGACGCAGGCAGUCCGUACUUAAUAGGAGUCGUAAGUAUCCGAGAAUACAUGGGGUAA